AUAUACAAUAAGAUGCAGAAUGGUGUAAAUCAGCCAACAUAUAAACCAAGUCUUUUGUUAAAAGCACUAGCCUUCUUCAGCAAAUUAAACCGUAGCUUCAUAAACUUAGCACCAAAAAAAAAAAGUUUCAAUAAUCAAAAUUGGAGAAUGAGUUCAACAAGCAGAACAUGGAUUACAGCAACUAGCUUGGGAGUCGUAGAAGCACUGAAAGAUCAAGGAAUUUGUAGGUGGAAUUACACGAUCCGAGCCAUACAUCAGCACGCCAAGAACAAUUUAAGGUCAUAUUCGCAGGCCAAAAAACUCUCUUCUCAAUCUUCUUCUUUGUUUUCUGCAAACACUGAUGUGAAGGAGAAAGUGAAGCAGUCUGAGGAAUCUUUGAGGAAAGUUAUGUACUUGACCUGUUGGGGUCCCAAUUGAAUUCUAACAGUUAAAUGAUUGAUAUUUUUAUGUACAUAUUCCUUGAGAAUUUAGAAGAUGAGAGGCCAACCGGAUGUAUGAUUGAAGGAUUAAUUUUUAGAGCUUGAGGCUCAAUUGCCUUGUUGAAAUUAAUAGAAAGAACCUUUUAUUUUUCCAAUCGACA